CACGAUGCGAAUCCUACUUGUCACUGCAGCGCUUCUGACGCAGCUUGCUCUGGGCAAGGUUCUGCCGGUCAAGCCUCCGCUCAACUUCACGUCGCCAGACACAUUCGAGCUGUCAGCAGCUGCACGCCUCAGCCUUUUCGCCCGACAAGACACCCCACCACCUGAAAAUGAUCCGGAAUGGGAAGACCCUUACGACAAGAUAUGGAAUGAUGCUCUCUGUCGUGGUGAGAGACUACUUCAUGCCAUGACUUUGGGCGAGCUGGACGCUGCGUGGACGCUCGGCUGGCCCUAUCUACAGAGCCCGUGGGACGGCGACCUCAAGAACGAGCUUAGAACAUGGGGCUGGCUUGAUACUGAUGAGAACCAUAAGAACGCUGACUACUUCUGUAACUUCGAGGAAGAGAUGGGCAACAUGUUCAAGGGCCUGAAAGUCAAUGGCAAGUCGGCGGAGAUGGGUGGUCCGAAUCAUUGCUUCUACAUCGAGCACAAGAACGGUCCUACAGUCAAGACGAACAGCGAUGGAUCUCUGCCUGCCGAGGCUGAGCAGAAGUACGAUGCUGACAACAAGGAGUACCGAGUGACUGGCGCAUACAGCCGAGUUGGUAUCAAUCGCCAAGACGGCAUCGUCUACUUCCUUCACCGUCGAAGCCCGGAGAAGGGCGCCGAAAUCCUUUGGGACGAUCCUAAACCUGCUCCUGCUGCUCUGCCCAAGCUCCGCUCAAGCUCUGAUCUGGCAUUCGGUCUUUGGAAUCGUGUCCCAGCUCCCAACGGGCAGAAGAUUGAGAAGUUCAUGUCCGUCAACAUUGUUAACGAGGACGCCGAUGAAAUCAUCAAACGCGCACUGAAGAAGGUCAAUGUCGAUGAAGUCGAAGGAUGGCCUGGUACAGAUUUCGAUACGACUACAGAUGCAGGUAAGGCCUUGCUUGGUUCACCGAACGGUCUGGGAGCCGCUUACUUUCUUCUCCAGCACCAUAAGCAACUCGGAAGCGCUAAGUCGAUCAAUAAGGUCAAGGUCGUCACUUGCGAGGACGAUGGAGGCGAUCCGUGCUUGAUCUUCUAUGUUGGACCUGUGUUGAAGGCUCCUAAGAAGCGUCAGGCUUGGUUCUGGUAGAAAAUGCAGGAAGGCGAAAGGAGAAUUCAGGGAAUUGCUUUAAUGACGUUCAGACCUAUUGAGGUACCGUCGACCCAAU